AUUUCUGGGAGGAGGAGGAGGAGGAGACAAAGAGCAGGAGAGGCUUCGGGAGAGAAGGAAGGAAGGAAGGAAGGAAGGAAGGAAGGAAGCAGGGAAAUGAGGAUUCUGUGGAGCUACCUCUUGGGUUCAGUAAGGAAACCUAUAAUAUAGGAAGAAGAAAUCCUUUCAAGGUGAUGAUCUUGCUGAAUUCUGGACCUUACAGAUAAGAAAGGAAAAAAGAAGAGUCAAUUAUCUGUAGUGUAUUUAAACACUGUAUCACUGUUGACAUGACAGAGAAAGCAUCUAAAUGCCUCGAGUGUGGAAAAAGUUUCACUCGGAGGGAUCGUCUCCAACAACAUGAAAGAAUUCACACUGGGGAGAAGCCCUUUGAAUGCCUUGUGUGUGGAAAGAGCUUCACUUACAGUGGAGGAUUAUAUUUACAUCAAAGGACUCACACUGGGGAGAAGCCCUAUACAUGCCUGGAGUGUGGAAAGAGCUUUGCUCAGAGUGGAGAUCUACGUCCACAUCAAAGGACUCACACUGGGGAGAAACCCUAUAAAUGUCUGGAGUGCGGAAAGGGCUUCACUCAGAGAGCAAAUCUACGUUCACAUCAAAGGACUCACACUGGGGAGAAACCCUAUACUUGCAUGGAAUGUGGACAGAGCUUCACUGAGAGUGGAAGUCUACGUUCACAUCAAAGGACUCACACUGGGGAAAAACCUUAUACAUGCCUAGAGUGUGGACAAAGCUUCACUCAUAGUUCAUGUCUACAUUCACAUCAAAGGACUCACACUGGGGAGAAACCCUAUCAAUGCCUGGAUUGUGGACAGAGCUUCACUCAUAAUUCAGGUCUACAUGCACAUCAAAGGACUCACACUGGGGAGAAACCCUAUACAUGCAUGGAGUGUGGACAGAGCUUCACUCAGAGUUCAAGUCUACGUUCACAUCAAAGAAUUCACACUGGAGAAAAACCCUAUACAUGCCUGGAAUGUGGAAAGAGCUUCACUCAUACUUCAAGUCUACGCUCGCAUCAUAGGACUCACACUGGGGAGAAACCUUAUCAAUGCCUGGAUUGUGGACAGAGCUUCACUGAGAAUGGAAGUCUACGUUUACAUCAAAGAAUUCACACUGGGGAAAAACCCUGUAUAUGUCUGGAGUGUGGACAGAGCUUCACUCAGAGUUCAAGUCUACGUUCACAUCAAAGAACUCACACUGGGGAGAAACCCUAUACAUGCCUGGAGUGUGGAAAGAGCUUCACUCAGAGAGUGAAUCUAAAUUCGCAUCAAAGGACUCACACUGGAGAAAAACCCUAUACAUGCUUGGAGUGUGGACAGAGCUUCACUCAUAGUUCAGGUUUACGGUCACAUCAAAGGACUCAUACUGGGGAGAAACCCUAUAAAUGUCAGGAGUGUGGACAAAGCUUCACUCAUAGUUCAGGUUUGCGUUCACAUCAAAUGACUCACACUGGGGAGAAACCCUAUGCAUGCCUGGAGUGUGGAAAGAGCUUCACUCAUAGUUCAGGUCUACGUUUACAUCAAAGGACUCACACUGGGGAGAAACCCUAUAAACUCAUGGUGUGUGGAAAGAGCUUCUCUGAGAGUUCAAAUCUACAUGGACCUAGAACUCACAUUGGAGAGAAUAGUGGUAUUUGACCCCAUAGAGAUUGUCCGAGAUAUAUAUUUUCAUGUUAGUGGCACACUUUUUAGUCAUUCAUCCUUUUGCCACACAGUAGUUCUGUUAGCAAAUCAUAGGUUAAACCAGGGGUCCCCAAACUUUUAAAGCAGAGGGCCAGUCCACAAUCUUUCAGACUGUGGAGGGGCCGAAUUAUCAUUUGAAAAAAAAAUGAACAAAUUCCUGUGCACACUGCACAUGUCUUAUUCGUAGUGCAAAACAACAACAACAAUGAAAGAACAAUACAAUAUUUAAAAAUGAAAACAAUUGUAAACAACAUAAACCUAUCAGGAUUUCAAUGGGAAGUGUGGGCCUGCUUCUGGCCAAUGAGAUAGUCAGGUUCAUUAGGAUUGUUGUUGUUGUGUGCCUUCAAGUCAUUUCAGACUUUAGGUGAGCCUAAGUCUAAAAUUAUUUAUUUAUUCAUUUACUACAUUUAUUUAUUACAUUUAUAUCCUGCCCUUCUCACCCUGAAGGGGACUCAGAGCAGCUGUAUGUACAUACAAUAUAUUAUAUUAUUAGCAUAGCACAAUAUUAGCAUUAUAUAUUACUACAUUGAACUAUACCACUAUACUGUAAUAUUAUAUGUAAUAUAUAACAUAUAAUUAAUAUUAUUAUAUGGUAUUAUUAUUAGUAUUAUAUUGUAUAACAUUAUAAUAUUAUUAUCAAUAUUAUAUGUAUAUACAAUAUAGUAUACUAGCUGUGCCUGGCCACGCGUUGCUGUGGCAUUGUCUGGUGGUGUUGGUGAGAAAUUGUUGAGGUAGUAGUUGUAUUGAAUGUCUGUUGUAUGGUUGUCUUUAUGUUUAGUAUGCAUUUGGUUGUUUGUGUACUGUGAAAGUGGUGAGGGCAGAGGGGGUCUAUGUAUUUUAUAGGCAGUGUGGAAGAGGCCUAAGCGAGGCCUAAUUCUGCCUUUCCCCUGGGCUGAGUGGGUUGCUAGGAGUGGGCAGAGCUUAGCCUUCUAACUGGCAGCAAUUGGAUAAAAACAAUUAUUCCUCUCCCUCUAAUUAGGACUUUCUUUUUCUUUUCUUUUUUUUGUAUCAACCUAGAGGUGUGGAUGAGGGGUUGUGCUGUCAGUUUUCGGGGUUGGGGGGCCUUUAGUUUUGUUGUUUUGUCGGUCGCCAGGAUUCCAUCACUCUUUUAUAUAUAUAGAUUAUUUAAAAUGAUAUAAAAAUAUUAUAUUAUAAAACUGAGGGCAGGGGCCAGGUAAAUGACCUUGGAGGGCCGCAUCCGGCCCCCGGGCCUUAGUUUGGGGACCCCUGGGUUAAACCAACCUCUUAUAUGUUUUCAAUAUAUAUAAUAUAAUGUAAUAUAAUAAUAUAUAGGAAUCAGUUUCCUAUAAUGAGUCCCCUGGGAAGAUGGGGCGGGCUGCAAAUAUUAUUAUUAUUACUACUACUACUACUACUACUACUACUGUCUUUACUGUACAAAUCAAGCAUGAGCAAACUAAAGCCCGGGGGCCAGAUGCGUUUACCUCAGACCCUCCUCCACAGGCCGUGUGUCCCACCUUCCUCUUGACAUAAGGAGUGGGCAAGUGGCUCCGUCUUAUGCUGGGAAGACAACCUGAGGAUGACCCAGGCCCUGCCCUGCCCUGCCCUGCCCCCUCCCAGGCCCUACUCCUUGCAGACCUGCCCCCUUCUUUCCUGGCCGGGCCAGCAAUACAACCAGAAGGCAAAAAAAAAGUUUGCCCAUGCCUGGUAUAAACCAUAUUUGUGUAAUUUCCUCUAUAGCUGCUCCAUGUGGUUCAUCACAAACCUAGUUAUUGACAGGUUAUAUUUUCUUAAUUCAAAAAUUAGCAAUUUUAGUGGUAAUUUCUGCAACUCAAUCAACAAAUUGUGCCAAUAACAAAAGUUAUAAAAGAACCUACACUUGAGCACACCAGCACUCCACUUCUGUAGUGAAUAAACGUCUGUGGGUGUUGUCGUGGCUGGAUAACCUUCCAUGGGUGCGUUGACUGUGUCUGCCCGGCUGGCUUUAGGGGGCUGGACUAGGUACCCUUUGGGGGUCUCUUCCAAGCCCAGCGAAGUAUAGCCUGCCUGGGAGCCUGGAGUCUCCUCUGGAGGUUUUGAGCUGAGGUUGGAUGGCUGUCUGUUGGGAGGGCUUCUACAGUGCCUUCCUGCCUGGCUGAAGGGGGUGGACUGGAUGUUCUUUGUGAGUCUCUUCCAAUGAGUAUGGGGGAGAAACAUUUCUCAUGGGAUGCACCUGUGGACUACAGGCAACCCAUUCGUGUGCCAUGGCAUACAGUUUGGAAAGCUCUGAUCUAAGACAUACAAAGGCAAUGCUCAUUAAUGCAGAAAAAUGAGAGUACGAUUUAUCAUAUUGUGAUGACUUUGCAGAAAGUCCAGAAAUAUUGGACUCAAAUGCUUGCGAUGGUGGACGAUAAAGGUUAAUGUUACAUUUACAGUGAGCCCAGAGUUUUGUUUCAUAAGAAUGUUGGACAGCCAUAUAGAAUAAAAAUUUGGAAGAUGCCUAGAAUAUAGGAUGACUACGGCAAGCAUCGUUUCCCCUCAGAGAGGGGAGAAACCAUCUCCUCCCACACGGGGAGGUUGACUGACGAAGAUUCGCGAUUGAUCAAAAAUGGAAGAAGUGACUCUGCUCAUUAAAGAGAAAUCCUUGAUCAACUUCAAGAAAGAUGGAGACUUCUUUAUCACUUUUCCACAACAACAAGAACAAGAGGAGCAAAUGUCAGCUGCCGGAUUUAUGAAUUAGAAGCGUGUUGCCAAAAGCAGAAGUGUACUUACAUAGGAUUAACUGGGGGAGUAGAAUAGUAAGGGAUAUAAUCAACUCACUUCGAAGUUCUUAAAAUUAGGCCCAGGUUUUUUAGUUAGUGUAUUUCGUGUAUUUAUAUUAGUGUCUUUUAUUGGUGUUUUUUUCUGAUUUUUUCUAGUUUGUUGUAGUCUCCACUCUGCGCUGUACAGUUUUAGUGUUAUAUAUUAUAAAAUUACUAUGUUUCUCUUUAUCUUAAUAAAAAAUGUGUUUGCAAAGCGGGGAUGUAGAAGGUUCAAAAUAUCAGAGACUGGAAAGGCAGAUAGAGCUGAGGUUAAAUGGAAAAUGUAAGGUCCUUUUGGAUGUCGUUUUCCACCUUUAUGUCGGUCACAUGGCUCUGCGUUUGAUUUUUAUGCUUCAGUUAUUACAUAUAUACUGUGUUUUGAUCAUCGUCUAUUGCUUUUUCGGGUAUGACUUUGGUUUUCAUCGUUGCACACCUGAAUCCUGCAUUUCAGUACAGAUGUCCCUCCAUAUUUGCAGGUGUAGGUUAUUUCAUAGAAUCCUAGAAUAGUAGAGUUGGAAGAGACCUCAUGGGCCAUCCAGUCCAACCCCAUUCUGCCAAGAAGAAGGAAAUCGCAUUCAAAGCACCCCCGACAGAUGGCCAUCCAGCCUCUGCUUAAAAGCCUCCAAAGAAGGAGCCUCCACCACGGCCCUGGGGAGAGAGUUCCACUGUCGAACAGCCCUUCUCACAGUGAGGAAGUUCUUCCUGAUGUUCAGGUGGAAUCUCCUUUCCUGUAGUUUGAAGCCAUUGUUCCAUUGUGUCCUAGUCUGCAGGGCAGCAGAAAACAAGCUCCGUCCCUCCUCCCUAUGACUUCCCCUCACAUAUUUGUACAUGGCUCUCAUGUCUCCUCUCAGCCUUCUCUUCUGCAGGCUAAACAUGCCCAGCUCUUUAAGCCGCUCCUCAUAGGGCUUGUUCUCCAGACCCUUAAUCAUUUUAGUCGCCCUCCUCUGGACGCUUUCCAGCUUGUCAACAUCUCCCUUCAUCUGCGGUGCCCAGAAUUGGACCCAGUGUGAUUCCAGGUGUGGUCUGACCAAGGCAGAAUAGAAUAAGGGGGAGCAGGACUUCCCUGGAUCUAGACGCUAUUCCCCUAUUGAUGCAGGACAGAAUCCCAUUGGCUUUCUUAGCAGCCGCAUCACAUUGCUGGCUCAUGUUUAACUUGUUGUCCACAAGGACUCCAAGAUCUUUUUCACAUGUACUGCUGUCUAGCCAGAUGUACUGCUGUCUAGCCAGCAAUCCUUUCUCCCACCCUGGACAUCCUUCCAGAUCUCUAUCUACACUCCACUUGCCUAGUUUCCAACAGACCUCCCAACCUCUGGGGAUGCCUGCCACAGCUGUGGGCAAAACGUCAGGAGAAAAUGCUUCUGGAACAUGGCCAUACAGUCCAGAAAACUCACAGCGAUCUAAUAUAUAUAUAGGUUUCUCCCAUUCCUCCUCCUCUCUGAUCUGGUUCACACGUACUGCUGUUGAGGCAGGCAUCUCCCAUUCUGUAUCUUUGCAUUCCAUUUUUUCUGCCGAAGUGAAAUAUCUUGCAUUUGUCCCUGUUGAACUUCAUUUUGUUAGUUUAUUUAUUUACAGCACUGAUAUAGAAUCAUAGAAUCAUAGAGUUGGAAGAGACCUCACGGGCCAUCCAGUCCAACCCCAUUCUGUCAAGAAGUAGGAAAAUCACACGCAAAGUACUCCUGACAGAUGGCUAUCCGUCCUCUGCUUAAAAGCCUCCAAAGGAGGAGCCUCCACCACACUCCAGGGCAGAGAGUUCCACUGCUGAACAGCUCUCACAGUGAGGAAGUUCUUCCAACUCGUAGAACGUUACGAGCUGGGGAGGCCCUGCUCUCAGUCCCACCUCCUUCGCCAGCGUGACUGGUGGUGACGAGAGACAGGGCCUUCCUUCCUUCCUUCCUUCCUUCCUUCCUUCCUUCCUUCCUUCCUUCCUUCCUUCCUUCCUUCCUUCCUUCCUUCCUUCCUUCCUUCCUUCCUUCCUUCCUUCCUUCCCAGUGGUGGCUCCUUGGCUGUGGAAGCCCCUCCCCACGACAUCCGGCAGGAUCCAUCCUUUCUGCCUUUCAGGAAAAAAGCCAAGCAUCUAAAGAAUAAGUUUCUACAGCUUUGACAUGGUCUGGAUUGAUUAUGUGGAAGGUUUUUGGAUGCAUUUCAUAUGUUUAUAAAUUUUGUAUACUGUUUUAUGUGUAUUAAUGCUUCAUGUUAAUCUUUUAAAGUGUUUUUUUAUGUUUUAUUGCUAUCGUUGGUUUUUAUGGACAUUGGAUUCUGGCCAGAUUUGUAAGCCACCUUGAGUCCUUUUGGGUGAGAAAGGCGGGAUAGAAAUGAAGUAAAUAAAUACAUAAAUAAAAUACACAGAACAAACAUUAAAGCAGAAGACACGAGUUUAAAAUCUA